GCUGGGCAGGCUCCUGGAGCUGGGCACAACGGGCUUUGUGUGCUGCCUCCCCUGCAGCCCCAAAAGGGUGAGGAAAUAUCAGUGCACCAGCACACAGCACUGUCACUCCACAGGGACCUCAUGGCAGGGGAGCUGUCAGGAAGCAAAGAAGGGCACAGUGUGUGGGAGUGGAGGAGCUAUUUCAGACACUGGAUUUGUGGGCAUCCAUUGUGUGAGGAUCCUUCAGAUUUCACUCCUGGAAACCAAAAAGUGAUGGUUGGCAACAAAUCAGUCUCCAGACUCUGGUUAUGAUAACCAUACAGAGUGCUGAAAAUAAGGGUAACAUAAUCUACCAGGAAAUAACACCCCUGUCUCAGGAAUCUUCCACUUCACAAAGGUCAGGUGCUGAGAAAAAAGCAUCCAGAGGAUGAAAAGAAGUAAAAAUUAAAGAAAAAAUUAAAGGUGAGGAGCAGCUGCCACCACCCAGCUGAAGGAUCACUGGUACCCAGCAGCUCAAGGUGUCACCCACUGCACUGGCAUUCCUGGGACUGCAGAACUUGGAUUAAUAUUUUCACAGGUUUGAAGUGAACAUAAGGUUCUGGGUUUCUCUGGUCAAAGUCUCCAUGUUUAAAACUCAGUUUGUGUUUGCUCUCUUGGGGGAGGGUUGGACCAGACAACAGAACAGGUGGUUAUUUCUGGAGGACUGAAAAUAAAGUAAACUCUCCCUGUAAAACUCCAGCUGACAUUCUGUAAAGCACUUGUGGAAAUCUGAACAGGUUUUAGUCCCUUUCAGAAGAGAAAAGCCUGGUAUUUUACUGGCCAUGAAAGGGAUCAUAUUUGACUUCUUGGGCUGCUCAGACAGGAUUGGGUUUCCCUCUGUUGGAUUGUUUUGUUCUUUGGGGACACAGAGUGUGAAGUGCCAGCACUGAGGCAAUGAGAGCCACAGGCUGGUGUGGAAGGGAAAGCACACUGAUGUGGAAAAGCACAGUGGGAAAGUGUGCAAAUGUGCUGCUUCACCUGGGACACCACUACAGUUUCAAAAGGAAAAGCACAGUUUUGUGUCUGCAAAAUGUAACCCUGGAUGUUCCAGUGCCAUUCCAUUGAGAGUUACAAUUAGAAUCAUGAUUCAAACCUGCCAUGAUCAGAGAUGCACACCUUCAGCUGACUGAAAAUGAAGGAAUUCUGUGAUUCCACACAAUUCUCAUGUACAAUGUGUGUUUUUGUGCAACAGCUUCUUGAUAUUUCUCCAAUGAACAGAAAAUUGACAACUGAAGAUGGAAACAAUUCCCUGGUGGCUCAGACCACUGAGCUGAUCCAGAAGCAGAGGGUUUGCAGGCAAUUCCUUGAGCACAGAGAGCUGAGAGUUGCAGCAGUGGGCAUUAAAAUUCCAGGUGACUCUAAACAUGGAACCUGGUGCUUCUGUUUCCAUAUUACAGGACUCCAGUAGGGAUGGAGCUGUUGUUGUGAGGACAGUAUGGAAAAUGUGGCCUCAGAAAUAUUUCUUCAUUUCCUAGAAGUUGAAGUUUUCUGCUCCUCUAACUGCACUUGUGACCAUUUUGCUUUCAAACUGAAUUUUGCAACUGUGACCACACUUGAGUCCCUGGAUACAAACUCAUGCUUCCAGAUUUGGAUCUAAAAGCAAACAUGAACUUCAUAGCACUGAUGCAGUUCUGGUUUAAUGAGCAAUUCACACCCAUGUACGAUCUUAAUCAUCCUUAAAAACAAAUCCAGCUCAUUUGUAAAGCAGAAAGUGGGACAGUAAGCACUAGUGUCACACACAUUUAUUAAUUCAUGUUCUGCUUCUCCAGAAGUGACUUCAGUGAUUGCUUCACACAUAUGAGCACAGGUUUCCCCAAAUGAGCAAUGGCCCCAUGACCCUGAGCAGUGCUGGAGGAAAACACUGCAGUCACUUUGUCACAUGCCAUUGCUGAGCCUGGAAACACUGGGUUUCAUUUGUAGGAGCCAAAACAGGGAAUAUCAGCUGGUGCUUCCCAGGCACUGUGUCCAUUGGUGCCCAUGGAGUGGCUGUCCCCAGGAUUGUGCUGGGCUGGCCCUGACAGGACUCCAGGUGACACCAAAGCCACUCCAUCACUGCCCUCCUCAGCUGGACAGGGGGGAGAAUACAGCACAAAGCUCAUGGAUGGAGAUAAGGAAUUUAUACAUCUGAAAUGUUGGACAGUUAAACAGCCUGGAGCACACUGAUCCUAAAGAGCCGUCAGUACCUCUUCAGUCCUGUUUCAUGUGUUUUAACAAGACUCUUUUAGAAAGGGAAAUUAUCUACUCUUCUAAACAUUUGUUUCUGACUCAUAUAUUUCAUACCAGGUUUCUCAUUUCUUUAUUUCUCCUCCAAGUCCCUCUGACACAGCAGAGGCUCAGGGGAUGUGUCCAGCUGCUGCACACCUGAGGGGCUCUGUUGUGGGCUCGGUGUCCCCUUUCAGCCGCGUGUCCUUGAAGCGGUGGCGGAGCUGCCCCCGGCUCCACGGCCCCCGGCCCGGAGCCUCCCCAGCACGGGCAGCGGGGACCCGAGGCACUUCUUUGGCCACCUGCUUCUGCUUUGGCCACCUGCUGAUCCAGUCCCGGGCCCCCCUUUCCUAAGCAUCGCUCUGUUCUGGGAACAACUGGGAGAGCUCUGCCCGGGAAGUGCAUUCCCUGUCAUACAUGCACGGUUUAAAUCAGUGAAUCAUCUGCCUUCCUCCACAGAUGCCCUCAGAACAUGUCUGAUUGGACAAGUCUGUGGUAUGUCUGGUUGAUCUUGCUGCUGGUGUUCCUGCUGCUGCUCUGUGGGGUCUCAGCCAGCUGCAUCAGGUUCUGCUGCCGCAAGAAGAGAAUCCCAGUGGAGACCUUCCCUCGGCACCCCUGUGACCUGGCAGUGAUUGGCAUCGACAGUGACAGCACUGCCCACAGCACAGUGACCUCGUACAGCUCAUGGCAGUACCCUCCAAGUGUCCAGAUUCCCUUGGUAUUUGUGGAUAUGGAUAAGAACACUGUGUCCCCUCCAGCUUACAGCCUCUAUGCCAUGGACCUGCCACCUUCCUAUGAUGAAGCUGUUCAAAUGGGAAAGCAAGUGGCAUGGACAAACCAGAAACUUAAUGACAUCCCUGAACAGGUGACACCAGAUGGGCUGGAUCCCAACCAGUCCCCACCUGACACAAUCAGCAGAGAUCCAGCAACACAGGAAAAUUCAGAAGAUCCAGAAGAUGCCACAAAAGAACAGCCACAGGUGUGACUCAGCUCAGACGGGGAGUAAAGUAAGGGAAGGACUGUAAGAGUUAAAGAAGACAUGAAGAGUUUGGGUUUGUAAGUAGGUUAUGAUGGAAAGAUGUUUCUUCUCAUGCCCUUGUAAUGAUCUGUCAGAAGAAAUGUUGUCUGAGACUGCUGUAAUCCCCUGGUAAAGCUUCUUCAGGGAUAUGAAAUGAGGUAAAAGGGCAGCAGUUUAAAAAUGCCUGUAAAAGUGGGACGUGAAUGCGUGUUCGUCUUCUGAUAAAAAAAAUUGUUCCUUGUGUCCAGCAAUAAAAAAGGUCAGGAGAAUUUUGCCACCUUGGGAAUACACACUCAGAACAGUCCAAACAGGAAGUUGUUAUUCUAGAACAGAAGUUUCCCAAGCUGGAGUUGAAGGGGGAAUCCCAGCAAGUGACACUGAACAGCCUCUGUAGUUUCUCCUCUUUUGAGAACAUCAACUGCCCAGAAAACGGCUGAGGACAAAGUGCUGCACUGUGGCUCACGUUCCUCAAGGAGCAGGAAGAUGCCAGGACAGGAGAGUUGAGGGAAAUGCUUUGUGUUGUUGUUAAAUCUUCUAAUUUCUAUUUUUGAGAUGCAUUGUCUUGUGGGUGGGUUCCCUUUGCUAUUUCUUUUUUCCAGAUAAAGUACACAUUAAUUCCAAAGAGACACUCACACAUGUGGUUCACUGUUACUGAUGUGUUUCAAAUAUUCAUCAAAUAUUUCAAAGAUGCUUUUAUAUUUUGUUAUCUGCUCAGGCAGCACAGGAAGGAAAAAAAUCACAGGUUCCUGGCAGCUUUUACCAGUUCAGAACAUGCUCAAGAAAUGAGCAGAGUGGUACAAAACACGCUUGUGCUGAGCCAUCCAGAAUAAGUUAGAGAUACAAAUACCACAGUACAGGCUGGGCAAAAGUUCUAAGAAAUUACUCUUAGGGAUGGUUCUUCGUGAAGUACUGAUAGAGGGAUAAGUGCUGAGCAUCAUUUUAGAACUGGGAGCUUGGAGCUGAUUACAGCAGUCACAGCCCACACAAAAUACGGGCUCCAGAGGCAGGGAUUUUAAUGCCAGCUCUUUCCCUUGACCCUCUGUAUUCCAAAUGGUCCAAAUUUUGUCCACUCCUCAGCAGCGAUUUUCUUUGAAUCCACUUUAGCAAGGUGCUAAUCUGUCUGCUUUAAGAACAUGAGCAAUUGCCAGGGUGGCUCAUUGCUCUGGGCAAGAGCAGCAAGCAGAGCCUGAGCACUUGGUGCUAUUAGAGAAUGUAGCAUAAAUUCAGGGGUCUGUCAUUAACAGGCAGGAGAAGGGGUGGGCACAAAAGCUUUUAGGAGAUUGUUAUUCUCUGACAACCAUUACUGCAAGAAGUGCCCUGGAAAGGAGCACUAAUGAUUUAAAAAUGAAGAUCUCUGCCAGCCACAGGCCUGAGAUGCUGCUGCAGAGUCGUGUGUGAGCUGUCCCUGAGCCUGGCUCCCCAGGGAAGGGUCGCUUCUAUAUUUAACUUGCAUGUAACUUACUGUGAGGACCGAGUGGUGUAACAAAUCUGCUUCUCUUGUGUCUCCUCUCUGUCAUCCUUCAUUAUAGUUCUCCUGUUUUAUUCUUUC